GAAAUGUACACGUUGAUAUUUGAUUUAGUGUUUUUAAAAUGAGAAUGUUGAAGCAGCGGGAGUAUAUAUAGUAAGAAAAGGGGAAGAGGAGAAAGAAACGGUCCAUUUGCAAAGGGUUGUGGGGAGGAGAGAAAGAGAGGGUUGAGGUGAAGAUGAAGGGUGAUCAGAAAGCAUGGCUGAAGAAAGAGUAAUAAAAUGGUAAUUUUUAAUAAGAAAAGAGAUAGAAACUAGAAACAAAUUCUAGGGUUUCCAAAUCAUUCUUCCCUCCAAACAAAACACCCGCAUUCUUUCCUCCCAAGAAAGCGGGUUCACCCUUUUCCCUCUUCCUCAACGGCAUUUCUUCCAGGUUUAUGUCUGAUUGGGCGAUUGAUCCAGGAGAGAAGGUGCUUGGCAGGGAGGGAGGGGAGGAGGGUGGUUGUGUGAAAUGAAACAAUGAGGGAAUAUUGCAGAUCUUUCCUUAUGUUCUGCGUUUGUUGUAAUCUUCGGUGAAUUUUGUUUUUGUUUUGAAAAGGACUUAAGUUUGAAUCAUGGAUUUGGAAUCUUCUAGGGAUUCGGUGAAAUGUUGCAAGCACUGCGAAUGUGGUUGUAGUGAUUGCUCCAUGGUAGCUCAAUCUUCAAGGAAUUCGUCCCGUUGUGUGAAAAGGAAACACAAGGAGUUGGAACGGGGCGGGAAAUUCUCUGUGCCAGGGCCGGAUUGCGAUCCAGUGGCGCGUGUUGACAUUGGAAAUGAAUGUGAAGCUUUACGGCAGGCUGUUAGCAGCCAACAACAAUCAAUACAGGAUUUGUAUGCUGAAUUGGAGGAGGAGAGGAGUGCUGCCUCCUCGGCUGCGAAUGAGACCAUGUCAAUGAUAUUAAGGUUGCAGAGGGAGAAGGCAGAGCUUCAGAUGGAAGCGCGACAGUUCAAGAGAUAUGUGGAGGAGAGAACGGUUUACGAUCAGCAGGAGCUUUUGUUGUUGGAGGAUAUGUUGUAUAAGAAGGAACAGGCUAUUCACUCGCUCACCUGUGAGGUGCAGGCUUAUAAGCACAGGUUGAUGAGUUUGGGCCUCACUGAAUCCGAGGCAGAAGGUGAUCAGGAUGAAUUUCCCCCUUACGAGUACCCUCCUUUGAGAUGUAAGGCAAUGCAUACUUGUGCUGAUACGGACAAUGAUGACAUAGACAUUGAUAAAUAUGCUUUUGGCGAAACUCCUAAGGACAGAUUGAGGAACUUAGAAAGUAGGAUAUCUCAAAUGGAGAGAAGCCCCACUUAUAGCCAGGUGGAUGGGGAAUUUGGUGCAAAAAAUAUUUUUGAGAAGGUGAUAGUUGGACAGUCUCCAAGAUGGACCAAACAUUCCAGGAAAUUUUCUUGUGACUCAUCUUCACUGUGUCCGGAGUAUAUGGUGGAUUCCCCUAGCGUUAGGAAGAUGGAUUCUCCCUCACAAUCGGGUGACCUUCCCAACUUGAAGAAGAUGGAUAAUGUAUCCGAAGCUGGUGAUGAUAUGAUUGAUAAAGUCUAUACAAUUGACUCCGAGUUCAAAACUGGAGUUAAUGUUUGCGAUGAUUAUGCAAGCACUCCAAGGGACUAUGUUAAUAACGCGGAUUUUGAAGAUCCAUACGUAAAGAAGCUUUACAUGAGACUUCAAGCACUUGAGGCUGAUAGGGAAUCGAUGAGGCAGGCAAUCAUUUCCAUGCGCACUGAUAAAGCACAACUUGUUUUACUGAGAGAAAUCGCUCAGGAAUUGUGCAAAGAGAUGUCAGAGCAAAAAAGAAUGGCAGCGAGGUCCUUUAUUGGCAGCUUCUCAUUCUUGACAGUUUUCAAGUGGAUUGCAUCAAUUGUUUUCUGGAGAAAGGAAGCUCAUAAAAUCAAGUAUAUGUUCGGACUACCGUCUGACAGCGUAGGCUUGCUAAUGCUGCUUGACAAAGGACCCCAUGUAAGGUCAUGGAGAUAUAUUCAGAGAACACAAGUGGGAGAGUAGUUCUCCAAUUAUUGUUUUAGCUUACAGGGUAGGCUCAUCCGUGGGGGUGGAAGCACCAACCGAGUCUUAAUCACACUACAAUAUUUUUUUUUCUUUAGAUUUUUCUUUCCAAAAGGGUGGUGACUUGUGCAGUAUUCUUUUAUUUCUUUUGUAUGAAAUUAAAAUGUAUUUUGUUGGUUGAUUGGUGAAACUUGCAUUCGACUAGGCAUUAGAGCAUUCUCCCU